UACCGCGACCUCCGGAGCCCUAGCCUCCACCCCAACCCUACCCAAACCCUACCCAGCCGCCGCCGUCGCCGCCGCCGCCACGCGGAGGCGACCCCCCACCGCCGCCAAGAUGCAGAUCUUCGUGAAGACCCUGACGGGGAAGACCAUUACGUUGGAGGUGGAGUCCUCGGACACCAUCGACAACGUGAAGGCCAAGAUCCAGGACAAGGAGGGCAUCCCCCCGGACCAGCAGCGUCUCAUCUUCGCCGGCAAGCAGCUCGAGGAUGGCCGCACCCUCGCCGACUACAACAUCCAGAAGGAGUCGACGCUGCACCUGGUGCUCCGCCUCCGCGGGGGCGCCAAGAAGCGCAAGAAGAAGACGUACACCAAGCCCAAGAAAUUGAAGCACAAGCACAAGAAGGUGAAGCUCGCCGUACUACAGUUCUACAAGGUCGACGAUGCCACCGGCAAGGUCACUCGCCUCCGCAAGGAAUGCCCCAACUCCGACUGCGGCGCCGGUACCUUCAUGGCCAACCACUUCGACCGUCACUACUGUGGCAAGUGCGGCCUCACCUACGUCUACAACCAGAAGGCGUAAGGCUGGUCUGCUUCGCUUUACCUGCCUUCCUAGCAAGUGCCGAGCCGUUUGUUACUCGAGUUGAAUCUUAUUUAGAUCUGUAUGAGGUUGAAACUUAAUGGAGUAGUCGUAUCUAUCUUCUUGGAACGCCUGUUGCUGAGUUAAGCUAUGCGAGUUUAAUUUUAGUUUCAUA